AUGAAGAAAAAUUCCAAAAGGUGUUCGAUGCCAGCUCCUCCAAGAGAAGGGGAGACGGAGACACAUCACUGGCUCAAUCCAGACGCAUCAUGCUGGGAAAACAAAGAUUUUGACAACCUUGACCUAAAUCAGCUUGCGGCAAUGGAGUCAAUGGUUGAGAGCAUGAUCCAAAUGUGGAGGGCUCGGGACGACGCGCUCAAAAAAAUUAUCAAGCGUCAGCAAGACAACAGUUGA